CCCGCCGGGGCUGUCGGGAAGAUGGCGGGCUCGGUGUCCGGGCGGUGCUGAGCGGCCGGGCCGGCGGCGGGUCCCUGCGCGCCGCCAGCGCCAUGGUCUCCCGGUUCUCCGAAGCCCCCCGAGCCGCCCCGCCCCCGCCAUGCUGCGCCUGCUGCCAUGGCUCCGCGCUCUGACCCGGGCGGGCGAGCGGCCCGGCGUGCCCGGUGUGCCCGGUGUGCCCGGCGUGCCCGGUGUGCCCGGCGUGCCCGCGGCCCCGCGGGGCCCGGCUGAGCGCGGCGGCGCCGGGAUGUAUCCCGCCUGCUACUGCGCGGGCAAGGCCAAGGCGCGGGCCGUGCUGCUGCCCCUGGAGCCCUACGGCCAUGGGCUGCUGCACGCCCUGCCCCCGGAGCCCGGCAGGGCCCGCGGCCACGGCAAGAGGAAGAGCUGGAACUUCAUCCACGAGAAGAUGAGCUACGACACCUUCUUCACCAUGAAGCGGCUGAUCGAGCGGUCGCGCAGCGUCGGGGAGGUGCUGCGCUGGGUCACCCAGAACCCGGGCAAGGUCUCGGCCAGCCACUACCCCAUCGCCCUGCACAAGCUGGGGCAGCUCCUGCAGCAGGGGCAGCCCGGCCUGAACGGGGAGAGCCGCGGGCCCGGCCCCGUGCUGGAGCAGCCCGAGUUCCAGACCCUCUGCCAGGCCAUCAUCAGCGGCUGCGCCAAGUUCGACAACUUCAGCAUCGUCAACUGCCUCUACGCGGCGGCCGCGCUGGGUCUCCCCGGGGAGUCCCCGCUGGUGCGGGUGCUGGAGGAGGAGUCCCGGAGCCGCCUGGGCCGCUUCAACCAGAAGGACGUCUCCAUGGUGUUCAGCAGCGUGAUGAGGCUGCACCCCUCCAGCCCCCACCCCCUGGUGGAGUCCUGCCUCACCAGCCUGGAGCGGCACCUGGAGAAGGAGCGGCACCCCCAGACCCUCUUCCUGCUCCUCUCCUACUACCGGCUGCGGGCGCAGGCCCUGCAGGGACACGCGGCCUCCGACCAGCAGCUGAUCAACAACCGCAAGAUCCUGCGGCUGGUGCGGCACACGCUGGGGCAGGUCAGCGCCAUGCGGGAGCACGAGCUGGCCCUGCUGGACGAGAUGCUGGCCCUGUGUGCCCAGGAGGCCAACAACAAGGCCCUGGAGGCCAUCUUCAGCUCCCAGCUCUUCUAUGAGAACCGCCAAGAGCGAUUCAUCCGCAGCAUGGCAGAGUGGCUCCCACGGAAGGCAGAGAACCUGACCCCCUACACCAUGGCGCUGAUCGCCAAGUACGUGGCGCGGCACCGGCUGCGGGAGCCGCGGCUGCUCGACACCAUCGCCAGCUUCCUGCUGCGGCGCGGCGAGCAGCUCGACAGCAAGGUGAUCCAGAAGCUGGUGUUUCCCUUCAGCCGCAUGAACUACCGCCCGUCCAACCACGGCGAGCUCUUCCCCAAGCUGGAGGCCAUCCUGGAGCAGAAGGCUGGCAGCUCGCCCCUGGCCACCGUCAACAUCCUCAUGUCCAUGUUCCAGCUCAGCCACUUCCCCCAGACCGUCCUGCACCAAGUCUUCUCCCCAGCCUUCAUCACCAACGUCAUGAGCAGCCCCUACGCCCUGAUUGUCCGGCGGUACCUGUCACUGCUGGAUGCGGCGGUGGAGCUGGAAUUCCGGGAAUACCGCGGCCCCCGCCUGGACCCGCGCUACCGCGUCCUGAUGUUCGAGCACGCCCUGACGGCUGACGAGGCCAACAGAAAGUACAGUUACAAGGGGCUGGUGGCUGAGGCGCUGCGGCAGCUGGUGGGGGAGGAGUGUUACCGGCAGGACGAGGUGCUGCCCCCAGGAUACUGCACAGACUUCCUGCUGUGGAUCAACCGCUCGGGCGCGGUGCUGCCGCUCUCCCGGGUCCCCGCGGCUGCCAAGGCCCCUUCUGCCCACGCCACAGGGUCCCCAGCCGCCGCCUCCCUGCGCUCCAGCGUCCUGGCCCUCACCUCGGACUUGCAGGACUUUGCCCCCUUUGCUCCGGAGACUCCGAGCAGCCCCCCGGGCCCCCGGGAGAACAGCCUGGCCGGGCGGUUCCUGCCCGCGCUCUGCCCGGCCCCGGGGGGUCCCUGCUACCAGCCCCCCUCGGACUAUUACUGCAGCCUGAGCAAAGAGUCUUCCCUGGAGAGCCAGGGCAGCUCCAGCCUCAGCAGCCCCUCCGAGUGCCUCUCGGCCCAGCCGGCCACCCCCGCCUGCUCGCCCAGGGGCACCUCGGCUGCCACCCUCUUCCAGUUCCCCAUCGGGAAGAUCCUCGAGGAGGAGGAGGAGGCAGCUCCUGCCGGCUGCCCCGGCCACGACCGCAGCCGCUUCCAGGGGGAGCAGCCCCAGGAGGGAGCGGAGGAGCGGAGCCCCCCGCCCAGCCAGGACCCCUGCCCCCCGUCCUCCCCGCGCCGGCCCAGCCCCCCGCGAGGGCCGGGCGAGGCGCCGCAGGGAGCCGAGGAGAUCCAGAGGGUGGUCCUGUCGGUCAAUGACAAGUGGCACUACUGCCAGAACUCCGACAUCCUGGUGGGCUCGCGGGCCAUGCGGGACCGGCACCUGCGGCUGCUGGGCUACUGCCUGGUUCAGGUGAGAGGGGCUGGGGGGCUGGUGUCCCCCUGCUGAUCCCCUCAGUGGGGCAGGGACUCAUCCGCACUGCUCUGCUUUGCCUUCCCUCACCUCACCCCAAGACUUUUUUUAGGGGGUGGGCAAGACCAGCCCUGCUGCCCUGGAGGAGGGUGAGGGGACAGUCCCGUCCCCUGGUCCUGCAGGAAUCCCGUCCUGCAGCUGAGACCCCAGUGUGGGGAGAGAAAGGGAAGGGGCUCAGCAUGGGUGACCCCAGGGGGGAGAAUGGAGCAGGGGCAGAGCUCAGCCUGGUGCUGCCAUCCUGUCCGUGUGUCCCCAGCCCUGUCCGUGUGUCCCCAGCCCUGUCCAUGUGUCCCCAACCUGUCCGUGGGUCCCAGCAUGCUGCCAUGGGGGGAGGCAAUGCAGACCCUUUCAGAGCUGGUUCCAGAGCCCUGGCUGCUGUGGGGCAGCCUCUGGAGGGCUUGCUUGGGGGGCAUAUGCCAGCAGAGGAGCCCCCAGGGCUUCACAGUUGUCCUCAGGUUACCUGGGACAUUCCAGGUGCAGUUCUGAGAUGCGCAGCUUCUGCAGGGUUUGUUGGUGGGGUGAUGUGUAGCUUGAGAACAGAUCUUCCCCAGGGAAACAACCCGGAAAUGCCAACCCUUUGGCCCUGCUUGCUGCCCAGCUCCAGAGGUCACCUGAAGUAGUUGUAGAUCUACCACGAUGUCCCAGAAACACUUCCCCAAAGCUCCUCAUUCAGAUCUCUGCAACGUGCCAGAUCUGCUGGGCAGCCCCACGCUGCCCAGUGCAGACUGCGUGGGGCUCCCCACCAGACCUGGCACGUUGCUGGGGUGUCUGGGUGCUGGAACAGGUUGCCCCCCACCCCAGACCCCCUGCUCUGACCCCUUUGGGUCAGACCCACCACAGCCAGAGGACUUAGUUCCUUCUUCCCAGCGUGGGAAGCUGGGAGUGGCUCUGAAGGAUGACAGUCCCCACGGACAGCUCUCCUGGCCUCAGGUUCUGCUUUCUUGGUCUUGGCAUCUGUGCCAGGUUUUUCCACCCAGUCCCAUGGCCGUGCUCAGCCCCGAGGGCUGGACACAGCAGGUGAGGUUCUGGGCUGAGAGACCUUCUUGGCAGGAUC